UCAUUAUUCUUUUAUAUCGUUUAUUAUCCCUUUAUCUUUGUUAUUAUCAUACUUGUUACGAUGGUGUAUUUCUAUCUACUUACACGUAGUUUUUAUUUUGUUUGCAACCAAGUUUUCUAUGUAUGGCAGUUUUCAUUGGUACAUAAUGUAUUUACACCAAUGGAACGAAAAAAAGUUUGAACAAUACGCAUCUCUCCACUCCUUUCAUCUCCACUCCUUUUUAAAAACGCUGUUGGUCGUCCUUUUUCUUCCAUUUACCAAUGUCAAUUAUGUUAUGGUCCAUAAUAAAGAAAAAGUGUUAUAUUAUUGUAUUCUGACGUUCCUGUGCAUGGUGUCCACUGUCAUGGAAGGCACCGAUUCCAUUGUAUUUCCACGUUUCAUUCCACCAUUGUUUGUUUUGUCAAUGCCAUUCUGAAACCCUUAC